AUGGCGAAAUGGAGGGAACUUGGCGAGGUUCCAGACUCGGACGACGAAAGCCUGCUCGAUAGCGACGAAUCGCAGCCACAGCUUCCACCACCGCUUCCUCAAAACGAUGCGAGCGCCCUGGUUGAAGAACCGUCGACUCAAGAUCCCACAAUCUGGGAUAUACCCAUCUCGUCCCAAGAUCAUGAAGAACCUGCGCUGCCGGUUGCGAGAACAAACAUCGAAAUCCACAUUCGGGCGAGACCUAUAUCGCAGGAACCCGAAUCUUCGCCAUUGUCUUCGAUCGCGGAUCCAAUCGAAGAAGGUGCGACCACUCCUUGUCCAAGCCAACACAAUGAAUCGAAUGGGGUGGAUCAGGGAGAAGUGCAUAUCUCACGCAAUACGACGCCCGAGGUUCUACAGAGUAGGCCGGCUCUCACUGCCGAGCCAAGUGCCAAGCAAAUCAACAUCGUGGAAGAGGAUCAAGAUGUGGCACGAGAAGAGUCUUUGCGGUUGAACCGCUCCUUGCGGCCGCGGAAACCCAUUCAGGAGCAUCCUUACCUGCUGGAGAAUGCCCAGUACAGUCAUAUGUUCAAGUCACACGGCGUUCGGCCUGUGAGACUUCCUGCUUACGAAGAGAGGCGACGAGCCUUAGAGGAAGACUCGCAGGAGCAGGACUACGAGGAAGACAGUCAGCUGACCAACGGAUAUGGACAAGAAGAGGAGCUCGUUGGAAGUCAAGAAAGUCGACGGAGACGCUCUUUAGACAACGGGCGCGACGAAUUGGCCCUGUCAUCUCCCUCAAGGCCGUCUCCAUCUCCUCCACGGCCGACGACAUCCCAUGAACUUCUAGGAAGCUCACAGAAUGAUGACGAUCUUCCAUCCUUAAAUGAUAUCUUCAGACAACGGGCGAAAGGGAGACCAAGGACUUAUGCCAAGCGGAGAGGGUCUCCCAAACAGUCUUCUAGUGGCAAGAGAAUUAGACAAUAUCGACCUAUCAUCGUCGAUGAACCAAGUUCUCCACCAUUCACUGCAGCCAACAUUUUCGAUAUCCCCCCAUCUCCGCCGCAGACAAGCCCCGCGUUUAUUUCUCACACUCCAGCGACAAAUGUUGCCUUCACUCGACCUGGGGUCGUGUCCCUGACGCCCAAACCUAGUAGCAUAAGUACCUCUAGGAAUCAAACGCCGGUACCUGCAAAACAAGCUAUUGCUACCGUGGACCUAACAGACAUACUCGACCAAGACUCAUCUGGUCCAGAGAAUGACUUGACAGGAGACAUGAGCGACCCUGAACCAAAUCACCCAGAACGGUCUGCUACUAGUAGUCCUGAGCCAGACCUGGUCUUCCGACGGAGGAUCAAAGGCGUGCUUCCUGCUUCCUGGAUUCGCCUUGACCAACAAGUCUCGCGCGACAAAGUCCCCAAGCCUCUCACACGACGGAGUCCAGAACUGUCCCCGGAAAAGGUCCACCGGAAAGGGGUUGCUCAGCGGCGCCAGAUAUCCCCUCGAUCCAAUAACUCCAAACCCUUCUUCUUCGACGAUGAUUCAGAUGACGAUUUUACGACUUUACGAAAUGAUGACAUUGAGGAUGCUUUAGAAACCACGGAGUUUCCGAUUUUUGAAGACGAUGCAGGAUCUGUGAUUGAAGAGGAUCAUAUUGAUCAGAUGCUUCCUGGGAAAAAGAGAGCAGAACCUUCUGUCGAUGGCUUGCCACGUCCAACGAAGAGGAGAAAAACACAGACCACUUUUAAAGGUCAUCCGGUCGAACGAAAACGGCAGCAAAAACUGACCGGGAUGGUGAAUCAUUCUAAGAGUACGACUCAUACGGGUAGUUCAAGCAGCAAACUGGCCCGGCACACGUCGUCUAUUCCUCAACGAGGUGCAGCCUCCCAACGGGCUUCACCGCCGAGGUUGAGCAUAUUGGACGUUUUGGAACCAAAUGCUCCUUCGUUUGUCAGGAUAGCAGCCCGCACGGCUAGCCGAAGACGAAAUAAAGGAAGAUCAAGUCCAUCCGGGAAGCAUAUUAGCCUCGGGACUCGCCAGGAUAACAUCGAUGCCCUCAGUGUGCUGCGAAAUUGGAGGGGAGGCAAAAUACAAUCUCGAUCGCUGACAACGUCCUCGGAAUGGCCACGAUCUACCAAUUCACGGCCAUUGCAACCAAUCGCUGACAACAAGGCGGUGCGGUCUUCAAACUUGGACAAAGGAGUUGGGAGCUGUGGAUCUGCCCCGGUCAAGCGAUUCUCAAAAUCGCGAAAGUUGGUGAAGCAGAUGAGUAUCGACAAGUUUGUAGAUACUCGACCCAUUUAUCCUGCAUCCGUCACUGCAAGCCUCCCUGAUGAAGUUGGUAUUGCGAUGCCUCAGCCCAUUAGGCGCAUUCUAGGUCGGUCAAAAACUCACGGCACCACCUCGAGACCAGCACAGCUCGAGACGGCCGGCGAUGAGCAGGUUCAUCGACAAGCUUUCCACUCUCGGAAGAGGGUUCUAGAUGCUCUCUAUCGCAAAUCACGCAAGGCGGCCCCUUCAGCGCCAGACACCCGCUUAGCACAGGUGUUUCGUGGCCAAUUGCUGGAGCCUGGUUUGCCACUCGCAGCGGAGGAACCAUCUACAAAUUCACAAGAGACGUGUCUGUCACCACCUCCGGAGACGCGGCGUAGAUUUCGAAAGCUUCUGCGACCUAGGCAUAUCGAUAUUGCUGCACCGCAAUACGCACAUGCAAAUGAUCCUUUGCCGGUGGAACAUGUCCCCAUAUCAGAGGCAGUAGCGAUUACAGAAGCCAGCGCAAGCAAGCUCCAGGGUCUGGGGCCGUAUGGCUCUCAUUAUACCCAACAUUUCGAAGUCUUCCCACUAGAUUCUGGGGUAUUCUUCCGCAAGGACACUCUCCUAGGAAGUGGUAGACUGGCUAAAUCAUUGGACGAAGACUGCCUUGGGGGGUUUUCGCAAUCCCGCGGCAGCUGUACAUUUCAGCUCGACGACAGAGCUUUAUGUUGGAGUCAAUGGGAUGCUCAAACUUCCUCGGAGUUUGGAGUCUUGUAUGACUGGGUCGCCGAUACACUGCAGCCUGAACUCAGCAUUGUUCAGAUUGACUCUGGUUCUGCCGCCGCCUCAACCGCGACCCAGGCAGCAGAUUUCAGCUUGAGAUACUUGCAAGAGGUCGUUUCUUUUCCUAACCAUGAAACCGCGAGACACUUCGUCAGUAGGAUCCUAGAAACUAUGACAGGCUUCCUGGACCGCCUGGGAGCUCUGGUCACACAGCAAAACACGGAUGUACGGCAGGCUGCCGAAGUAUCGACGCGGUGUAUGCUAACGGUGUUGCAAACGUUGCGGGUGUGUGAAAAGCUUGGUUUCACCGAGUCUUUGCAACUUGAAGAACUCUUGAAAAGGACUGCUGCGCAAACAGCUCGGAUUUUGCUCCGGGCUGAUCUGCUGAACAUACUGGACUUCUUCAGCCAGCUCCAGAGUUCUUACGUACGAGAUCGCGGCAUUGGGGACGAGCAAUAUCUCAUCGCUGGAUGGGUGGUCAUGAUGAGAGUCCUUCAAGAAUCUCGCAUACCACGUGCUGGCUUUUGGGAUGUUGUCUCUCCUAUCCUACUGGAGGCUGUGCCUGGAUCUGUGGUGGAUGCACAGGUAAUGGAACGACUCUGGCACACCAUGUUUGCUUUGCUCCCACUUGCCGAGUUCGAUAACGCUGGCGUCGUAACUUCCGGACUUCGUCACAGUAUCCCGCUGGAAGGCUGGAAUCUGCCACAGAAACUACUGGGUCGCGUUUUUGACACAUACAAGGCCAACCAGCGACAGUCGCCAAGCUUCAACGACUACUGCCGGGCGCUUGUCAGCCGAUGCCAUUACCUCGUGGAGCAAUGGGGAUGGCGGAAGUGCAGUGGGAUCAUUGGCACCAUAUUUGACUUCUUCGCCUCCCAGAAUCUUUCUCAUCUUCGUAAUGAGGAAGUGUACAAAUCACCACAAUUUCUUGAAGAUCUUGCCGGCACACCCUCGUUGGUCGUUCAAUCUGAAGAUCGAUGCUUUCAUAUAUUUCUCAAGCUUCUGGCAUUGUCUAUUCAGCGGCUCAGAAAAUAUGGACUGAUCAAAGAUCUCAAGAACCUAAUAGCCCGUGUCCUUCCAAACCAUGACCGUCAGUAUCUAAAGGAGAGCGACGUCCAUGAGCAUGAGCUUGCCUCAUUGAGGAACCAUCAUGACCUACUCUGCACACUCUUUUGGUGCUCUCCGCAACCUUUGCGACCUUCCGUGCAGCUUCUGGAGAAAUUGGUGAUUCCGGGGAGUUCUCAUAAAGAGGCAUGUCUGAUCAAUCUGCGGGCAUGGAACCAGCUUGGCCGUUUCGUUGUUUUCUUGGGAGAAGACCGAGCUGCAUGGAAGCCAUUCGCUGAUUGGCAGAACAACGUCUUCAAGCAAGUCCUCGAUCAAUAUGCUUCAGUCGAAUCCGAUAUUCAACAGCAAUUUUUGAGAAUGUCCAAGGAGUCCUCCAAUGGCGUCAGUCCGGAGCUGAUGAAACGCGUCGUCAACAUGAACAAACAAGCCGCUACUGACGUCUUGCAUUUCUCCCUCAAGGCUAAUCUGGAUGUCAUGAGACAUGCUUCAUCUCUCGGGGCAGCUUCUUUCGUUCUCAACACUUACCAACUCCACGAGGUCUUCUCUCGAUUCUCAUUUUCACCACCCAGUUUUGACUGGAGUACGCAGCGUGUGGCUGUUGAGAUCCUCGGCCACUAUCUUGACAGAAUCGAGAAAUUCUUCUAUGAGUAUGAGACGAACUCGGAUUUACCAAAUUCAUGGCACGGUGAAGAUGCAAUAAUGGUCCUUGAUCGCCACGUUUCAGUGCCCUUUUGCUCCAUGGCGCGGAAUCUACUCGGUGAAGCCAGCGAGAGUUCUUCUGCGAGCAUAACUGACGGAAAGGAAACGGGCCUGGAGAAAACGAUGCAUGCCUCAGGUCGGCUUGCGGCUUUGUUCCUGCGCCACAAAGUCACACGCUUAUCAUCAUUCUUCUCUCCCGGAAAGUAUGGUUUGUUCUCGGGUCCUCAGGCAAAGCUCUCUUUGCACUCAAGGAAGUACAUGAGCCUGUUCGCUUCGGUACUUGUCGAGAGAGGUGUUGCAGAUUUUACAGAUAUCAAUUCUACACCUCUCGAAUUCUAUCUGUGCAGCAUCACCAAACCAUCGCAGAGUCUUGCGUAUGAAUAUCGACUCGUAAGGGCAUUGAAGCUGCAAGGCAAUCCUUACCUCAAGGAGAUCGCAGUCCACCGGGACAACCCUGAUUAUGAAUUGAACAGGGACCUCUUCGACCGUACGUUGUCUUCGAUGAGAAGAGCCAUACGACAUGAACAAAGUCUGCAACGGGAGGUUUCACAAGCCUUGCGCGCCGUCAUGGACCAAAUGAAACAGGACCUGAAGCUUCUGGUUAGCGAGCCAGCUGCGCAUAAAGCCUUCAUUCAAUUUGUCCGAAUGAUAGUACCCUUGAUCAAGAAGCAUGAUCUAUGCCCUAUUGACCCGUUCUUUUGCCAAAUCAGCAAAGAGUAUUCGCCAUCAGCACAAGACCCGCGUCUACAGACGGCUGCAAUACUUUCGUACGGGCUGAAGCUUGAAGAUGAGGAUAGAGGAGCCGUGCCACGAUUAUUCUACUUUCUCUAUCCCAACUUCAAGCUAGCUCUGGCGAACGGCAAAUUGUCAGAUGAGCGAGAUAUCCUCCGAGAAGGCAUGGAAAACAAGCACAUUUUCUCAUUUGUGCUCAGUCGGAUGCUUCCAGCAAUCAUAAGAGCGGUGAUGAAGGCACCAGAGGCAUGGCUCAUCCUUGAUGUCUACGUCGAAGCGGUAGAGCGACUGCUCGAUGGGGAAUUAGAUGGGCCUCCUGGCAAGCCCCUGAGGGGCGUUAUCCACAGGAGUAUCGGUCAUGAGAGUAUGGAAGACCUACUCGCUCUCCUCAAAUUCGUGGGCGCCGCUGUGCAACACUAUCAACGCUCCGAAGCCAAUAUCCGGCCGGAGCAUCUUCAAAGCUUGACACUUUUGAUCAAACUUUUGAAUCAGUUCGGACCAUCACUUGUUGCAUACCUAUGCACAGCUCGAAAUUCAAAAUCUCACAUAGGGAUGGCCAUUAACAAGGAACUCGAUGCGUUCACAGAUUUCACGCGUGAGGCGGGCGAGUACCUAUCUGAAGUGCUUUCAUCCUCGGAAGGCGGUGAGGGAGCAACCCAGAUAGACCUGGGGCGUCUUCUCGAGGGCAUACAGUUUUACUAUGCCGACCCUUCGACAAACAGAAAUGAAAACGCCAAUAGUUUUGCCCAGCAUAUGGUUGAAGACAUACAAAAGAACUGGGUCAGCACCGGGGGUAGGAUUUCGGUGAGAGGCCCUGCGCAUACGCCCGGCGUAUCAACACAGUCGGGGCAGGGCACUGCAAUCCCCCCCUGGAAUUGGGUACAGCUGGUCGCGCAGCUGAACGAACAGAUUCAAGAGUGGAAUCGUUCGUUCGAUACAUCUCCUGCCAUGGUGUGGAACAGGCGACAGGCGGCUAUGGAUGAGACUUGGCUUUUCUAA